GCUUAUAAAUUAUGACAAAGGGUCGUCGACACACUAUCUGCCCUAGCUCUGAAAGAUGGCUGCAAUACGAUUGCUUGGUGCUCGAGCUCAGAGAGCGAUCAGCUUGUCUCAGCGAUGGAGCUAUCUUACUAGGAAUGUCUACAGGUCUGCUUCUGGUGUCCCUGAUCAGAUGCCACCGUGUGACUUCCAACCAUCUCCGUACACUGGCAAGUCGUACGAGGAGACAUUGGCCACUCGUAAGGAACAUGUCAGUCCCGGCUACCUCACCUACUACAAGAACCCCAUCCUUAUCCAUCAGGGUCACAUGCAGUGGGUGUUUGAUCACACUGGACGGAGGUAUCUCGACCUGUUCGGUGGCAUAGUGACUGUCAGCGUGGGCCACUGUCACCCGAAAGUGAGUGCCCGUGUCAAGGACCAGAUGGACAAGUUGUGGCACCUAACUAACAUCUACAUGCAUCCUGGUAUCCAUGACUACGCAGAGAAGCUUGCCUCAAAGCUCCCUGGAGAUCUCAAGGUGGUCUACUUCACCAACAGUGGAGGGGAGGCUAAUGAACUGGCCAUGCUUAUGGCAAGACUCCACACUGGGGCCUUCGAUAUCGUCUCCCUAAGGAACUGCUACCACGGUACCAGUCCGUACACACAAGGGCUGACUGGAAUGGGGACAUGGAAGUACCCCUUUGCUAACGGCUUUGGCGUACAUCAUGCGAUGAAUCCUGAUGUAUAUCGAGGACUGUGGGGUGGAAGUAAUUGCAGGGACUCACUCUCGCAGACCACCAGGUCAUGUGACUGUAGUCAAGGCAACUGUAAUGCAUGUGACAUGUAUGUGGAGCAGUUUAGAGACACGAUAAAGUUCAGUGUACCCAAGGGCAAGCUGGCAGCGUUCUUUGUAGAGCCAAUACAGGGGGUGGGUGGGGGCACUCAGUACCCGAAGGACUUCCUGCGUAGGGCGUUUGAAGUAACGAGGGAGAGUGGGGGCGUCUGUGUGGCUGACGAGGUGCAGACAGGGUUUGGUCGUCUAGGUAGCCAUUUCUGGGGCUUUGAGGCAGCAGGGGUCACUCCUGAUAUUGUUACCAUGGCAAAGGGCAUUGGAAAUGGAUUCCCGUUGGCUGCCGUGGUGACCACACCAGAGAUAGCCAGUACGAUGACUCGCUCCCUCCACUUCAACACGUAUGGGGGAAACCCCCUCGCUUGUGCCGCUGGGUCAGCUGUUCUCGACGUGAUUGAGGAGGAGGGGAUUCAGGAGAAGGCGGGCAGAGUGGGCAGAGUCUUCAUUGAGCAUCUGAUGAGUCUACGGGAUGAGUUUGAGUGCGUGGGGGACGUCCGAGGGAAGGGACUCAUGUUAGCAGUGGAGUUGGUGACAGACAAGGCGACCCAAGAGCCCCUGCCAGCUGCUGAUAUGAACCAGAUAUGGGAGGAGUGUAAAGAAAACGGGGUGCUCAUCGGAAAAGGAGGUUUCUACGGAAACAUAUUUCGUAUCAAGCCUCCUAUGUGUGUGACAGAGGAUGAUGUCAUCUUUUCAACUGGUGUGCUUAGAAACGCCCUGAGGAACUAUACACAAUCUAAAUAGACCAUUAAUUACCGAUUGUUUAAUCAUAACAUGUAUGUAUGACUAUCCCUAUUUUUGUAAUCCCCUCGAUCUAUGUAUCUUAAAAAUAAGUAUUUGGUU